GGUUUUUGGUAGUGAUAAAAUAAUAAAUAGCCGCUGCCGACGUUGCUAGUAGAGAAUGGAACGGGAGAGGAGUCUGCAUUUAGUGUAGAUUUUUGUGAGAUAAGAUUGUGUAGGAGUGAGAAGAAGAUAUGAAGAAGCAAGCAUCAACCCGUUUGCUGAUGUGGGUUAUGAUUUGUCUUCAGGUUUAUCUGAUAAUUGCAGCUGUGUCAUUGUCGGAGUCCAAUGACUCCACUUCUGUGUGCAAUGGCUCUGUAGAGGACUGCCUCCGCCUCCACCACUUGGACUCACAGCUUCCCACCGUCUCCAGCUCCCACUUCCAAAGAAUGCUUGCUGAAUCCAAUCGCCCGACGGAUGGUACUGGAGAUCCUAAUAACCCCGCCAUAAAGUGUAAGACGGCCCAGGACUACAGAUCAUGUCUGGCGGCGUCUCAAGGUCAGGACGCACAUUGUGGCACCUACAACAGGGGAACGAGAUGCAGUUGAAUGGGUGAAACUAUUAUGUUCGAAUGCUUUACUUUCCUCCCUCCACUGUGUUGUUAUGCUUCGUCUGUGUGUGUGGGUAUAUGUAUGCUUAAUUUACGGUUUUCAAAUUCAUU